GGCAGGACAGGGAGGCAACGCGCGUACGCAGCCGGCGCCGCGACGCCCCGCGCGCUGAUCGUCGUGACUGGUACCUCCGGGGACAAGAGGCCCGCAACGAGUCGUCGCGCGACCGAAGGACCGCGCGGGAGAUCGAGAUCGCGCUCGAGAUACAUGUGCCCUUUAAACACGUGCACGAUGUGCGGCGCGUGUUCUCGCGAGGAAAGAAGAUAAGAGAUAGAUAGCUCGAUAAGUCGCAGGCCUCUCGCGAGUGGAGGUGCGUUCCUCGGAUCCAGUCUCGAUUGUCAACGAAAAACGGACGUGUCGUCGCGGAGGAAACCGCAGGAAGGAGGAAACUGCAGGAAACCGAAGCCUCGAUCUCGCGAGGAGGCGACGGACGUUUCGUGUUUGCUCGUGGAUCGCGGAUGAAACCGAGGAGGCACGGCCGUGGUAGACGAAAUCCGCUCGUGCGCGUUCGCGAGUGUAUUUGUGAGAUCGGUUUUUAUAUUUUUCCCGCGCGCGUGUCCUCGUUUCCUCACCUCGCGGACGUGUUCCGGUGGAGACGCGCGAGCCCCAGUAGUUACGCCGGCCUAAAUCUCGCGCGUCGAGUCCCGUUCGCGCGCGCAACAAAUCCGUGCGGCGCCCGUAGACCCUGAGAACUUUGCGCUCCGCAUCGAUCAGCGAAACUUCGACCGACAUCGCCGUCCGCGUUGAGCGCGACGGAAGAAAUCGCGGACCUCCGUCCGCUCUCAACCCCGCCGACUCUUCAACAGGUGGCCGAAAUCGAUCUCGCACGUGUACAAGUCGAGAGGAACGACCAUCGUUUCCCGGGGUCUGAAAGUUCCGUCGCGAAACAUGUUAAUUGCCUGACUGUCAUCGCCAUGCGCCCCCCCGAGUACACGAACCGACGGAAUCGACGUUUCUAUUAAUAUUAACAUAAUAUUUGUAACGCAACUCUAAAUAACCGAACCAGUUGGUGGUGCGGGCGACCCUGGACGAUCGACCGUUUCUACGUGGCGAAUCGUCGAGAAUAAGAGUGAAAUGUGCAACGACUCGUCCCCCCGGCGAGCUUUUUUUAAGCAGUAUUUCCCGCUCGCCUAUCCGCGCGAUACCUUUUUCCUUAAUUAAACAUUUGCUCACUGCCAACUCGUGAAUUUACGAAUUUUACGGGGAAAUUGGUGUUGCCUCUGGACUCGUCAUUUAUUUACGGCACUCGUCGACUUCCCUUUCAACGCGACUUCUGCCUGGAAGAUGGUCUUAUUACGAGAAUGAAAGACGUUGAUUAGAAAAAAAUGUGACACGAACUUGAAGAUACGGCGACUAUCGCGACGUAAAGGAGGUGACCGAUGCGAGAUCGAUAAAAGCGCUCCUCAUUAUUCUGUCCUUAGACCGUCGGAGAAUCAAACUUAAAUUAAGUCGCGCUUAAGGGAUUAACCCGGCGGAAGUCGAGCAAGAGUUGCAACGCUCGCAUACGCGCCGAGCGUAAUCGAUGCCCCUCAAACAGUUGGCGAGGAUACGGCGGCGCGAAACUCGAGCUAAUCUGCUUAUCUGGAGCUAUAACUCGCUUAUCUAUCACAACCUGCGACGCCUGAGCGCCCGCCGCGCUGGAUAGCAGCAGCGCGCCGCGCUGACAUUAAUGGGCGAGGAGCUUCGUGAGAAAUUAAUUCACGGCUCGUGGAUCGACAACGCCGGCGGCGGUGUACUCCGCUCCUCGGGCUCUUCUUCCGGAUAACUCCCGACUCGCCGAGCCGCUUUAUCCGCCUCGACCUUCCGCCUCGCAGUCGUUGUGGGAGAUGACGAGCCGUCAGCGAGUCCAUCCGCGUCAGCGUACGGCUGACGCAUGAUCGAUUCGACGAGGUAGCGACGAAGGGGGAGAGAAAGAGAAGGAGGAGGUGCAAGAGGAGGAAGAGUAGAAAGCGAAAGAGCAAGAAGAGAGAAAGAGCAAGAGGAAGUGGAGGCGCGUAGCGCGAGUAACCGAGCCGCCGCGCUCUUCAAGAUGCGCCAUGGAUAACGACGCAACGCAAAUAACGUCGGCGUCGUCGGUGGUGCUGGUCGCCAUGCAGAACCAGACGGCGCGUAACUCCAGCUACCUGUCGGAGGACAUGACGUCGAAUCUGAUGGUCCAGAUAAUGUUCUGCGUGUUCUACAUCGUUAUCUUCGUGCUCGGGAUAUUCGGCAACGUGCUGGUGGUCUUCGUCGUCGGGCGGAACCGGCAGAUGCACACCGUCACCAAUCUCUUCAUCGCGAAUCUCGCGCUCAGCGACGUGCUGCUGUGCGUGCUGGCCGUGCCCUUCACCCCACUGUACACCUUCAUGAGCGGCUGGGUCUUCGGUAAGACCCUCUGCCAUCUGGUGCCCUACGCCCAGGGAGUCAGCGUGUACAUCAGCACGCUCACGCUUACGAGCAUAGCCGUCGACCGGUUCCUGGUCAUCAUCUAUCCGUUCCAUCCGCGCAUGAAGAUCAAGAUGUGCCUGGUGAUCAUCGUGAGUAUAUGGAUGAUCGCGUUACUGGUUACCUUGCCGUAUGGACUUUACAUGCAGCUGGAGGAAACGUACCUCUUGUUCUGCGAGGAGAACUGGCCCAGCGAGCCGUUCCGCAAGGUCUUCAGUUCGCUCACCUCGAUACUGCAGUUCGUCGUGCCGUUUUUCGUGAUCGCCUUCUGCUACGUGUGCGUGUCGAUCAAGCUCAACGAUCGGGCGCGCGCCAAACCCGGCAGCAAGACCAGCAAGCGCGAAGAAGCGGAUCGCGAGAGGAAGCGCCGGACCAACCGGAUGCUGAUCGCAAUGGUCGCCAUAUUCGGGGUGUCCUGGCUGCCGCUCAACAUCGUCAACGUCGUCGACGACUUUUACUCGUACGCCAACGACUGGUCCUACUACAGGUUCUGCUUCUUCAUGUCGCACUGCAUCGCCAUGAGCAGCACCUGCUACAAUCCGUUCCUUUACGCCUGGCUCAACGACAACUUCCGCAAGGAGUUCAAGCAGGUUCUGCCGUGCUAUUCAAGAACCUCGAACGACGGCGCUACGAGGACCAAGGAGAGCUGUAGAGGCGACAAGAUAUGCAACGGUAAUAAUACCAUGCAAGAGACCCUGCUGCCCAGUAACACGAAGGCGCAGAAUCUCGAGGGAUGCGAGAUGAUCAUUCUGGAGCAGACGACGAACAUCUCGAAGGAGCUGGAUCAGCCGUCGAGCUCCUCGAAGGAUUUCAACGACGUGGCACUGUGAGGGAAAACGCGAAAGUAUCGGUGUCGAAUAAGUGACAAAAUACCAGCGAUUUACGUUGGUUUUCUUGGCGAGACGCAAGAAUAAUAGGUUUGAUGUACUGAGGUAACGGAACUGUGCUUUUCCCGGCAUUUCAGCAAGUACCUACCAAGAUAAAGAGCUCGUAUAUUCUUACGGAUAAGAAUGGGUGGUUUAUAUUACGAUAUCCGUUUUCGUGAAAGCCACAAAAGAUGUUUCUUUAGGUGCUACCACGUCUUUUCAACCGAUUGACCCGGGUUGCCGUUAUUCUACCUUUAUCAUGUUUUGUUUACUUUUUACCACUUACGUAUUCUACAUACGAAAUGCGAAAUAUACCGUAAAUCACAAAAAAAUUUUAAUAAAGUUUCGUCUAAUUAAGAAUAUAAUGAUAAAUAAAACAUUGAAAA